CGAGGACUCUGGGUAGUGAGCAGUUUAACAUGGAGGCUUGUGUUUUUAAAACUUCUCGCGGAUAAAAACAUUUUUGUUAGAGUCAAUCAACCUUUGACCUGUGAACUUUGACCCGAGCAUGGGCUGCCUCCAGUCGAGGAAGGUCGAGGAGAACUACCUGCUCCAGAGCCUGCACGAGCAUGAGAGAGGCAUCAACGCCAUGGCAGUCAGUGAGGACGGCUCAGUACUGGCCACGGGAGGGGAAGACAAGGUGGCCAGACUCUGGAGUACCAAGACCGAGCAGUGUGAGUGUAUCGGCAUCCUACGAGGCCACACCGACUACAUCAACUGUAUCCUCAUAGAGGACUGCUACGUGCUGACCGGAAGUGCUGACAAGACCAUGCGCAAGUGGGACGUCGGCACGUGCGAGUGUUUGCUGGUACUGACAGGUCACUCCAGUGUCAUCUACAGAAUGAUCUGUACUGGUGAUUUCAUCUUCUCCAGUUCGUACGACCGCACCGCGCGUGCGUGGGACUUUGAGACGGGCGAGUGUGUGCGUGUAUUCCGGGGCCACAAGCGUGGAGUGUACCCGCUCAUUUUCAUCCCAGCUGAGCAGGACGAGGAGGGCGAGGUCGACUUCGACACGUCCAAAGACAUCCUCAUCACGGGCUCGGCCGACUUCACCGCCAGAACAUGGAACUUUGAGUCUGGGCAGGUCCUCAAGGUCAUGAAAGGUCACACGGGCGCCGUGACCUGCAUGUCUGUUGACCCGGGCGGUCAGAUUUUGUUUACCGGAAGUACCGACUUCACGAUCAGGAGCUGGAAUAUUCUCAAGGGCACGCAACUCAAGUUGUUUGAAGGUCACCAGGGGUCAGUCAUAUGCAUGACGGUCCAGAACAAGAUCAUCUACUCCGGCAGCUCUGACCACACGGGUCGCGCCUGGGUCGCCGAGUUUGGGGACUGUACCCGCAUCUACAGGGGUCAUAAACACACAGUCAGUGUCAUCAAGGUGUACGAGGGCAUGGUCUACUCGGCCUGUGGUGACGGGGUGGUGCGGAGGUUUGACGCCCGGACCGGCAGUCUGGUCAACUCUUUUGUGGGUCACGUGACUCCCGUCACGGCACUAGAGGUGGUUGAGGGCAAGCUGUUCACGUCAUCGUACGACGGGACCCUGAACGUCUGGGACGUCGGGAACGUGGAGGGCGACGCCCAGCUCAAGAACUUCACGGCCGUCCAGAACAACAACGGCGCCAACAACAACAACACGGACAAGGGCAAGGACAAACACAAGGUCAAGGAGGUCGAGAAGUUGGGGGGGCUCGGCGACCCCAAGGGGGGGUCCAAGGACGAGAGGAUUGUCAUUGACUGAACACGGUACAAAAAUGGUUCA